UGAUACCCAACUUGAUAAUAUGAAUUUUAUUUUAAAAAGUAGUAUUUUCAAAUUCAAUCAGAAAAUAAUUCAAUUUUUUCAAGAAGUACCUGUCAUUAGUUCAAAACAGUACAAAGUUUUAGUCCCCCAUGAGAAAUGCUCAUGUCACAAGGCAACAGUCGGCUAAUAAAAAUAAAUAAAAAUAAAAAUAAAAAUAAAAAUAAAAAUGAAAAUAAAAAAAUAAUCGCUAAAUACCAAAAACAAUAAGAUACAAACAAAAGGCAAAAAUGCAUUUUAAAAUUUGUCUGUAGCUAAGGAGUCCCAUAACCUUCUUUCGAAGACCCGCCGAGAAAACCGCUUCUUCAUGUGCUUUUCCUCUCUAUAUAUAUAAUUUUUCUCCUUCACUUUGCCCUCUCUGAUACGUACUCCAGCAGUCAUCAUGGGAAACUGCUUGACAAGUAACAACCGCAGCAACAAACUUGUGUCACAGAUUAAUCAUGAACAGCAAGAAACAGCUAAAACAGCUAGAAGAAGGAGAAGAAGAAGAUCGGUUUCGCCGCCGGAGAGGAAGACGGUGAGGUUUAGUUUACAUGAAGAAGGAAAGAGUAAUGAGGAUCAAGGUGCCCGCGAGUGUAAAGAAGGCGGCGGCGGUAGUGGUAGUGGCAGCAGCAGCAGCCGCGUGAGGAUUAGAGUUGUGGUGACUAAAGAAGAGUUGAGAGAGAUAAUUUUGAUGAGUAAUAAGAAGGAUUUUAACUUCUCUUCUGCGGAGCAGUUGGUUAAGGCGGUGAGGUUGAGAGAUCAUAGAAUGAGGAUCAGAAGGUUGAUUAAUAUUCAAACGAGUUAUGAUGAUGGCGAUAAUGGCUGCUGGAAACCUACUUUGGAGAGCAUACCAGAGGAUCAUUAAUCGAUGAUGAUGACAAUCAGUGUAAUAUUGUCACUAACAUUUGAUCUUUCUCUUUUCUUCUUAAUUGUGUAGUUUUUUUGGCUUGGUAAUUUGUACUUGCUUGAUUAUAGUUGAUUAUGCUAGAUACAUUAAAAAAUGAUUGUUAUCUAUAAUUAAAUGCCACAAAUCUAAUUUCACGUGUA